GCAUUCGUUUAGGCAUUCAGCGUUGAGUGUUAGCUUGCUUGUAGUUGUUGUCAGCUAACGAGAAGCCACUUUGCUAGCGCUAGUUCUCCAAGAGCCUGCAGCUAUUUCUCUAACGAGAUGCCCAGAUGAAGGUUAGCCUUGUGGAUCAACAGACACUUGUGAUGUUGAGAAAAUACGAGUGAUAUGUGUGUGAAUAACAACACACAAUAUCGUAUAGCUUAUGAUAGCUAAGCCGUGAUGCUAGUAAUUAACCAUUAGCGGCAGGAGAAAGUAAUGGACCUCCACAAAAUUAUCCACAGUGCACUGCAGGAAUUUAUUCAGACUUACAUUACUGAUGCAGAUCUCAGCACACUGGAUGAUGUCCUGUUGUCUUACAUCACUGGGGUCCUGGAGGAUCUUGGUUCCCAGCAGAGUGUUGAGGAGAACUUUGAUGUGGAGGACUUUGCAGAGAUGCUAGAAGCUUACAUACCUGGCUUUGCAGAAAUUGACAGUGUCAAAGUCUGUGAAAUGAUGUUCAGUCUGGCUUCAAAACUAGCUACUGCUCGGACCUCAGCUCGUGAAGAAAAUGGUAUCCCCAAGGCAAGGACAGAAGAGAUCUCAUUGAAGCUCACCAGCCUGCCCAGUGAGCCACCAAGAAGAGAAACGCAGUGCCUUAAAUCACAGACAGAGGGAGCCACUGCCAAGCCACCAGUGUCUGAGUGGGAGGCCCAGGAGCAGCACUUACUAGAGAUGUUUCCCAAGUGUAGUCUGACUGAGGCUCGGAGCGCCCUGUCUAUUGCCAAAGGAGACAUGGAGGAAGCUGUUCGUCUUAUCAUAGAAGGGGAUGUUCAACUCAGUCCCACACCUCUUAACGUAAACCAUGGGAAGAGUAUUUCCUCACUGGCAGACCAGAAACUUAAAGAGAGCAUCCUUGAGAAGUACAUGCUGGUGGACAGGGAGGAAGAUAAGAAAACACACCGUCCCGUCGUUCCCAAAGAUGCUCCAAAGAAGCUAGUUCGGUACCAUGGUAACCAGGUGGUAACCACAAAAGGAGAACGGUAUCAGCUCGUGAAGAAGGACGAGACCGAGGACAUGAAGAAGACAUAUGUCAACCUCAAGCCAGCGCGAAAGUACAGAUUCCAUUGAUGACGAGCACAGUUCUGAAAGAGCAGCUAAUGACAGUAUUGUUUACACUAUUUUUAAUUUAUUAAUUUCAUUUAGCCUACAUUUUGUUUGUUUUUUCCCAAUUAAAAGCUGACAUCUGCAGUGUUGGCAGAAGCUUCUUUUGGAAAAGGAAAAAAAAACGUUACCUUUUCAUGCCUUGGUUAAAACGUUGGAUUACAGUGUUUCAGUUUUUUAUUGAAAGAUCUUUCUUUUCUUUUCUUUUUUUUUUUAUCAGAUAUUUCAGUCAGGAUGCUGUGACUUGCGUUCUUGUGUGUGUUUGUAACAGCCUAACCUAUCUACGUUUGGCCAUCUCAGCAGGUCUGAUGUUGCUCUGACAGUAUUGAGGUUGUGUUUGUUUAAAAAAAAUGUAUUUUAUUUUUUUUAUGCAUUUUUCUUUUUAAGCCGUACUGACAUUGUGAAUGAACCUAUAUUGAUUUCUGUAACUAAGUUUUAGUGGUGCUGUAAAGUUUCUUCUGGACAUUAGAAUUAUCAGCUGUUUUAUGUACAUAUUGAUUCAAAGAGGCCAAUUUCAUUUAGUUUAAAGUUAGGUCCAGAGUUUGUUGGACAAGGACACUGUUGUUGGAGUUUUGCCUCUGCACUCCACCACGGUGGAUUUUAAAUAAGAUAAUGGUGAUGAUUUAAAACAUUAGUCUUAGAUGUUUAUUGGUAAAGUCAAGUCCUUCCUUGUUCUUGUGUAAUCAGUGGUUUACAACUUGUUUUAAACUUGCUGUAUUUAAAUUGAUGAAUUAAUUGCAGUUUGUGAAAAUGGAGGAUAUGCUGAUGAAAUUGCUUUUCUUACCCAUGUAAAUAAUUGCCAUUGUGACCUUCAGUUUUGUUUUUGUUUUUCUAUGGUCUUUCAGUUGUCUUUGUCCAACAAAUUAUGCACCUAACUGUGUAUUGUAGCCAGUAGGAGUGCUGCAGAUAUGUUUGUUCAGGCCUUGAAUUUUAAAUCAGUUUGUUCAGUCCAUAAGAGGAAGUCCUGAUUGUUUACUUUAACCACUUUCUCACACACGUAUUAGGGCAAAAGGAUGUUUUAAUAUGCAAAGUUUUACGGCAUUUUGGUUGUUUUGCCACAGAACACUAUCGUCCCCUGCAUCUCCCUACAUUGUUGAAUCGCCUCAGGUCUUACUCUCUUUCUCCUGUCUGGCAGCUCCAUCUUCAUCACCUCCUCUGCACAUGUUCAAACCAGCUCAGCUUUGCCUCUUUGUUUCCAGACAGCUAAACCUGAGCUGUCCCUCUGAUGUACUCAUUUCUAAUUCUGUCCAUCUUGGUUACUCCCAGUAAAAAUCUUGGCGUCUUUAACUCUGCAACCUAGCUGUUUAAGUACUGAAUUUAAAACCAGAGGGGAAGAAAAUGCAUUACAAUAACUUGAUCUGAAGUCUGACAGAAGUGAGAUUUGACAACCUACGGAUUCACAGCUCAUCCCUAAUAAAGGAGGACGUACACUUCACAGGCCUUACCCAGCUGAAAACAUGUCCGUAUGCUAUAUAAAUUCAUUUUUCAAGACAUGUUCAAACAACUGCAGCACUCUACUUUCUAACAUUACGAAGUUGUGUGUGUGCUUUCUUUCACACCCCUAAUGCAGAGUAAAAAAUGCUGCUGGAUGACUUCAUUUUAAAGUUCAUUCCAACAGGAUUACCUUUAUUUUUGAUAGAGAUGUUUAGAUUUUCAAAUUCUCCAAUCAUGUAUUUGUGAUAAUAGAAGAUCAUGUGCUUUCAGGGUCCGUUUACAUAUUACCGAAGUGGUUCUCUUGUCACAGCGCCUCUCAUCCCGUUUGUGUUCUGUGAGGUUUGCUUCGCAUGUGACUGUGGAUGUUUUUUUUCUCUGAUUGGAUUCUGAUUUCUUGUUAGUUGUAGAUUAGGAUAAAUGGGGUUUUCUUUUAGAUAUACGCUUUGCGUUUCUUUCUGCGUCCAUUUGGACCAGCUGUAAGCAUUUGUUCUAAAUGGAUGGUAUAUAGUUUUCCCCUCGGUGUAGUGUAACAGCUGGGUGUUGGAAAGAUGUCUUGUUUCUGGUGCUUAUCGGCAGCAAUGUUAUCUUUAAAUACUGUAUGAUGGUGUUACUGUAGAGCAUGGAAUGGAUCCCCUGAAGCUGUUAUAGUGACAACCGAAACAGCUUUCCUCGCUCUGAGAAACUGCUGACGCACAAUUUAUAGUAAAUACUAAUUUUGUAGACUAC